AUGUAUGGGGGAUAUCAAGGAGCCUAUGGGGCCUACGGAAGUCAACAGUAUGCCGCAGCUGCCAAUGCGGCUAAUGCUGCUAAUAGAGCCAAUGCAUAUCAACAGGGACAUCCACAACCGGCUCAAAAUUAUUAUACAGGGGUAAAUCCAUAUGCAAAUUACGGUUAUGGUGGAGUUAAUGCGCCCUUGCCACCACCGCCGCCACCGCCACCGGCUCCACAAACGAACUAUGGAUCAACUUAUUCAUCAUUCCCAUCACAGGCAACAAAAAUGACAGCUCCCAGCGCUUAUUUCAAAAAAGCACAAAGUACACCAUCAAAUCAAGGUGCAUUCAAUGGAUAUGAUGCAGCAGUAUAUAAUUAUGCUCAACAAACAACACAGAGUGCUCAAAAUACAGCAAAUCACAUUGGUGCCACGUGGAAUAAUACAACGGGUGGAGCAGCUGGUAGAAACAAUAAACAAUCAUCUGGUGAUAAUAAUAUGUUCUACUGUGAGACGUGCAAAGUGUCAUGUGCGGGUGCAAUAACUUAUAGAGAGCACUUAGAUGGAAAAGGACAUAAGAAGAGAGAAGAAUGUUUGAAAACAGGAAAACAUCCCGUUUCAUUGGCAAAACAUAAACUAUCAUAUCGGUGUGAGUUGUGCGAUGUAACUUGUACUGGACAAGACACCUACAAUGCUCAUAUAAAAGGAGGAAAACAUAUAAAAACGGCAAAUUUACACAAGAAAAUGGGAAAAUAUGUGCCAGAAGAUGUUCCAACAAUAAUUGCACCUGGCGUAGAUGGUCCUAUUGAGACGAAAGCCAAACCAAAGUGGCAUCAACAACAAAUUCCUGGAACAAAAAAAGUUAUUGGUAUCAACACUGUGCAGUUCGUGGGCGGCCAUAAACUCAACUCCACUGGACAACUUGAGGAAAAGAAGCGAGUAGUAGCGCUGACGGUUGGAUCCGCUGGAAAAAAGGAGGACUCAGGAAUGGAGCCAAUCAUAGUAGAAGAUGAAAUGUUGCAAGCAAUGAUUGUAGCUGAAGAAAUACAACCAGUUGGAGCAGAAUAUGUUAUGGAGGACCGGGAUGCAACCGGAAAGUUAGUUCAGUUCCAUUGUAAACUGUGCGACUGCAAAUUUUCGGAUCCAAAUGCUAAAGAAAUACACAUUAAAGGAAGACGUCAUCGAAUGAGUUAUAAACAACAAGUUGAUCCAACUCUUAUAGUAGACCAAAAACCUUCAAACAAAAAAUCAGACAAAGGAGCCAAAAAAGGGAUGGACUACUUACCAAUGAAAUUCAAAUGCACCGUCGUUCCGCCCACUCCUAAAGGCCGAGAAAUGAAUAUCGUUGAUGAUAGAACUGUAGAUCAAAAAUAUCAAUCACUACAUCCUGGAAAGGAAUACAACGAUAAUAUCGAUCGAUUCUUGGCAGAUGUGAAGAGCUGUUUCAAAAUGGUUUCAGACAAAAUAGGAGAAGUUUCUGGAGAAUCAACUUCUGAAUCGGAAGUUACCACAGCUCAGACGCCUACGAAUGGAAAAACAAAUAACCCCCGUAUUUUGAUAGGUUGCAUCAGAUGUGGACCUUUCUCGAAGAAGACUUACAUCAAGGCAGACGCAUAUGCAGAUAUGGUUCUUACGUGUACUCCACUGCCAACUCCAGAAUUGGUUCAAAGAAUGACAGACACAUUUAGAGAAGUUUCGACGGAUCUAACUAUUGAAUCCGACCCUACAUCUGGAGUUUGUGUAAUUAUCUCUGCCAACUAUUUCCCAGAAUUGAAAUGUCGUGUAAUGAUAACAUCUCCGUCACUCAGAAGCGAAGAAGAUUCAGAAGGUGCCAAAUCAGAAUUCCCAGAAAAAGCCAUGUGUCUGAAUGCAUUAGCUAUGAUGCGGAGCACGAAAUGGUAUGAGAAUCAUUGCCUAUAUUUAAAUUCUUGUCACCAAGUAAUUCGUCUGAUUCGUGAUCUCCGUAGCCGACACGCAGUUUGGGAAAGUCUGAAUGAUCACCAACUUGAACUGCUCGUCUCCAACGUCAUUGACUCUACUCCGUCAGUCUUGAAUCCGGCCGAAGCAUUCAAACGAGUUAUUGAAGCUAUUUCAUCCGGUUAUCUUCAUUCGGCUAUUCUAAAUGACCCAUGCGAAUCGACAAGCAUAAAUGUCUUGGAUGCUUUGAGUGAUGAACAGAAACACUCAUUGACCUGCUCGGCACAAUCGUUCAUUCGAAAAAUAGGUUUCAAUAAAAUCCAUGAGGUUCUUGGAAUCGAUCGACUCGUGGAUGUUGCGCCAGGUAUUCCAACAAAGAAACGUCCAUUCGAUACUUCUAGCAGAGAUGUGAUCGGAGAGAUGUAUGAUGAGAUGUUAGGAUACGAUGGUCCGGUUAUUGACCCACGGCCACCCGGAGUAGGAAAAGACUUUGUUGAGGAAGACUAUGCAGGAAUUGAUCAGGACGAUGGAGAGCCACAAGCGAAAAGAGGAAAACUCGACGAUUUUAUUGAGGAACAGAAAAUGGAUACAACGAAAGAAGAAGCAAAUUUGGCUACGGAGACUGUAGAGCUAAUGUCAACAGAAGAAGAAGAACGUAACGUGGCGGACCCAGUAAAGCCAGAUAAAUCAGAGGCCGCUGAACCAAUGGAAGAAUUUGUGUAA